AUAAGUAAAAAUUAUAAAUCAAGUCUGUUUUACAUUAGUUUUAUAAUGAAGUUUAGUAUCGAUACUUCAAAUACAGGCGUUACUUCACAGAAAUUAACCGUUUCAUCCGGCACUAAAUACCUUUGAACUCCGAGUGCAAUCUUCGACGUUUCAUUAGGGUUUCAUUAGAUUACUGUUACAACAAGCAGGAUGUAUACCAGAUCAAAACGAAGGAAUAUCUGCGCAACAUGCACACACACUAUAAAAGUGAAAGAAUAUUUGGAAUGUACUAAUUGCAAUAACACGUUUGACUUAAAAUGUGCUAGCAUUACUUUAAAAAGAUACAAUUCAAUGUCGACCGAUAAGAGACUCAAAUGGAAAUGUCAUAAAUGUAGGAAAAGCUCUACACAGGAAAUAAAAAAUCUUUCAAAUACUGAACAGCUGACACAAAGUAUCUCGUUAGAUAAAACCAUUUCAAAUAUUAGUAAUUUAUCCAGCAAGAAUACUCUCACACUACAUAAUCAAUCAUUAGAAAAUAUAACAUUUUGUAGUUCAAUGAAAGACCUACAUAAUUCAACAUUCAGAGAUGUCAGCACAUGUAGUUUACCAGAUCUUGGUACUGUCGAAAGCUCACAGGUUUUAGACCUUAAACAGGACUUAGCAACCCUAUCUGGGCAAUUAGAAAGUGCUCAUGAAGAAAUUGCCAAACUAAAUAUAGAAAACACAAAACAAAGAAAGUUAAUUGAAGAAAAUGAAAAACAAAUAAAAUUACUUAAAACAUUGCUAAGCGACGGUAAUUCUUCAAUCAACUCCACACCGCUACGAACAAAAACAAAGAAAUCUAAACGCACACCGUCAGUAAAAUCCUCUAUACAGAACAAUAUAAUAUCUCAUAAAGCAAUAGAACAAAUACCAAUUAAUUUAGAAAAUGCACCAGCAGUACCACUAAAUUCUGAAUUUAAUAAAAAACUCGCUCAAAAAAGUACCAAUAUUCAAAGAAAAUCAGGAAGAAAAAUUUACAUUAUAGGAAGUCAACAAUCUAAAAAUUUAUCCUCAGCGCUCAUUCAGUCGAGAAGAACUAAUCCGUAUGAAAAAUAUACAAUUGAAGCGUUCAUCAAACCCGAUGCAACGACAGGGGACAUCCUCAAAUCUUGUGAGUUGUAUGAUUUUUCCUGUAACGACAAAUUAAUAUUAACUGUAGGUGAAAAUGACUGUGAUCCAAUUAAAAUAUCAUCUGACUUAUAUACAAAAAUAAAUUCUCUACCACAAGUCCAUAUUAUUGUAACUAGUGUGACUUUCAGUAGGCAUUUGAAUGAACUGAAACUUAAUGACAUGUUGCGAUUGAUAUGUAACAAGUUUCCUAAUUGUACGUUUCUUAAUCUCGAUGAAAACAUUUAUCGAAAUAACACGCCGUAUUAUAAUAUAUGCCAUAAAAUAAAUCUCGUAAUUGACCAAAUAGACUACAAUAAAAGGUUUUUGAAUUUCAAAAAACAAAGACACAUAAAUCGUUCCACACUAAAAGGAACGAUACCAUAUUAUUUUAAGAAAGUGACUCAAACUUUAAAUUCAUCUCAGGAUGCACCAAAGAAGGGAACAAUUCCUUUUUAUUUUAAACCAAAUAAAGUUGAUGACAGCAAAAAUGGGGAAAAACUGUUUUUUCGUGCCAAAAAUUAAUAAUUCAACAUGCACUUGUAAAGUUCUUCACCAAAAUGUUGCUGGCUUUCUAGCAAAGAAAGACUUAAUAGAAAUCAUGGUUGAAGAUCUGCAAAAUACAGAUAAAAUUGACAUACUAUGCUUCACGGAAACAUUCAUUCCAAAAGGGCAUGAAAGUAAUAUAAAACUAAAUGGGUAUCUGUUAGCAUCAAAUUACAGUAGAAUAAAAAGAAGGGGUGGUGUUUGUAUAUUAACAUCACAAGGGAUAGGAUCAAAAAAUUUAGAAUACCUACAUACUUUGUGUGAACCGAAAGCAUUUGAAUGUUGUGGGAUAGACAUAGUGGACAAAAAUUUGUUUAUCAUUUGUAUCUACAGGACACCUGAUUCUGAUGUAAGUAUAUUUUUUGAAAAACUAAGAACCGUGCUUCAGAAAUACUGUAAAAAGAAUAAAAAAAUUAUUAUAUCAGGAGAUUUUAAUAUUAAUACACUGAAUUGUAAUAAAAUCUCUCAACAGUUAAAGCAAAUCGUGCAAAACUUUAACUUUAGAUUACACAUUAAUCUACCAACGAGAAAUAGCACAUGCAUUGAUCAUAUAAUAAGUAAUAUUGAUGGCGCUAUAGGUUCUUUACAUAAUUACGAUAUUUCUGACCAUAACACAGCACAAAUUCUAAGUUUCGAAAGUGUUAACAUUAAAAAUAAAAUAUCUAUGUUUAUGUACAAACGUAAUUAUAGUAAUUAUAAUAUUGAGAUAUUCAAAAAUUACCUAAAAAGCUUGUCGUUCAAUGAAGUCUAUGAAGAAAAAAAUUUCAAUAACGCUUUUAGCAAAUUUCAUUCCUUAGUAACUCUAUUAUAUAGACUUUGUUUUCCGAGAAUAAAAAUUAAAAAUAUGGAAUCCAAUGGAAAGCCCAAAUGGAUAACUAAAGGUAUUCGAAUAAGCUGUAAAAUAAAAAGAGUAUUAAGAUAUAGAAAAUGUAGAAAAAAAGACGAUAGCAAUAAGAAUAAUUAUUUGAAAUAUGCAAGAACACUUAAAUAUUGUAUUGCCACAUCAAAAAAAUUGAGUAAUACCCAUUAUGUAGCAAACAGUAAAAACAUAUGCUAUGCGACGUGGAGAAUUAUUAAAAAUGAAACAAAAAGUAACAAUAGUGACACUUGUAUAGAAUCAGUUAUAGUAAAUAAUAAUGAGAUUAAUAAUACUAAAGAUAUAGCAAACAGUUUUAAUGAUUAUUGGAUAAAUUUGACUAACAGCAGUGAUAAAUGUCUGACAAAGCGAAAGUUGAAACCUUGUAUAAAUCAAAAUAAAACUGGAAGUAGUAUUUUUCUCAAUCCAGUAACGGAAAACGAAACAUUAAAAAUAAUACAAUUGUUGAGGAAUACUAAAGCAGUAGGCUAUGAUGAAAUUCUCACAAAAAUUAUUAAAAUAUGCAAAGAUGAACUAGUACCAGUUAUAACAUACCUAAUCAAUUUGUCGUUUGAAACUGGUGAAUUCCCAGACGCACUAAAAUUAUCGGUGGUCAAGCCACUACAUAAAAAAGACGAUAAAAAACAACUUAAUAACUACCGCCCAAUCGCACUCGUAUCUAUUUUUUCAAAAGUCUUUGAGAAAGCAAUGUAUGGUCGUUUAACAAUUUUUUUUACAAAAAAUAAUAUAAUAAACAAGCAACAAUUUGGCUUUCAAAAAAACAAGUCGACAACAUUAGCUGCAUUUAAACUGGUUAACAAAAUAGCAGAAAAUAUAGAUUCAAAAAAACCAACGUGUGUAAUAUUUUUUGAUAUGAGCAAGGCUUUUGACUUCGUAUCACACACCAUCUUGUUGGAUAAGUUGGAGCAAAAUGGCGUUAGAGGACCAGCUCUUAACUGGAUGGAGUCCUACUUAAAAGACCGUAAGCAAUGUGUGGAGAUCAAUUCUAUCGACGAAAAGGCUACCAUAAUUGCCCAACAAUCAAACUUUAAAUUAAAUAGAUUUGGUGUUCCGCAAGGAAGCGUCCUUGGACCAUUAUUAUUUUUAAUUUAUAUUAAUGACCUGCCUAGUGUGACAAAAAAUGACUGUUAUUUAUUUGCCGAUGAUAUAUCAAUAAUUAUGACAUGUAAUAAUAAAAAUGAGAUUGAUAUUUAUGAAAGUGAAAUUAAUAAUGAAAUUAAUACAGUGGUAAAUUGGCUAGAGGAUAAUAAUCUUCAAGUUAAUAUUAAAAAAACCUCAUUUAUGCAAUU